GUACUUGCUACUCGUGUGCGUGGAACAACGGUAGCGCUGAUAGGGAUGCUGCAGACAGACAAUACAGUCGCCACUCCCUAGGACCAAGUGUCACCCCAUUUCUUCCGUGGCCCUCAGUUCCAGCGGCAUCUGCUCUGAGAAGCCUUAGGUUAAUCCUUAGGUUGGCCGGGCGCGGUGGCUCACGCCCGUAAUCCCAGCACUUUGGGAGGCCGAAGCGGGUGGAUCGCCUGAGCCCAGGAGUUCGAGACCAGCCUGGGCAACAUGCAGCUGAGUUUAAGGCGCAAGGUGGAGAACACAUCAGCUUCGAAGGCAGAGAGAAUCGAAGGUACUCUCCAGCUUUGGACACUUCCUCUGCUUGAGGACACCUUGACUAACCCCCAAGGGCAACUAAAGGAUCAAGAAAGGCCUAGCACAGCAGAAGACCAACUGGACCCAGCUCCUGCAGGAGAUGUGUACAAAGACAAUCGCAGUCCUCUGGGGAUGUUUCCUCCUGUGGAGUCUCUACGUCUCAUCCUCUCAGACCAUUUACCCUGGAAUCAAGGCAAGGAUUACUCAGAGGGCACUUGACUAUGGUGUUCAAGCUGGAAUGAAGAUGAUUGAGCAAAUGCUAAAAGAAAAGAACCUCCCAGAUUUAAGCGGUUCUGAGUCUCUUGAGUUUCUAAAAGUUGAUUAUGUAAACUACAAUUUUUCAAAUAUAAAAAUCAGUGCCUUUUCAUUUCCAAAUACCUCAUUGGCUUUUGUGCCUGGGGUGGGAAUCAAAACGCUAACCAACCAUGGCACUGCCAACAUCAGCACAGACUGGGGGUUCGAGUCUCCACUUUUCCAAGACACAGGAGGAGCUGAUCUGUUUCUCUCUGGAGUCUACUUUACCGGUAUCAUUAUCCUAACCCGAAAUGACUUUGGUCAUCCUACCCUGAAGCUCCAAGAUUGCUAUGCCCAACUGAGCCAUGCCCACGUCUCAUUUUCCGGAGAACUCAGUGUUCUGUAUAACUCCUUUGCUGAGCCCAUGGAGAAACCCAUUUUAAAGAACUUAAAUGAAAUGCUCUGUCCCAUUAUUGCAAGUGAAGUCAAAGCACUAAAUGCCAACCUCAGCACACUGGAGGUUUUAACCAAGAUUGACAACUACACUCUGCUGGAUUACUCCCUAAUCAGUUCUCCAGAAAUUACUGAGAACUACCUUGACCUGAACUUGAAGGGCUUAUUCUACCCACUGGAAAACCUCACCGACCCCCCCUUCUCACCAGUUCCUUUUGUGCUCCCAGAACGCAGCAACUCCAUGCUCUACAUUGGAAUCGCCGAGUAUUUCUUUAAAUCUGCAUCCUUUGCUUAUUUCACAGCUGGGGCUUUCAAUAUCACUCUCUCCACCAAAGAGAUUUCCAACCAUUUUGUUCAAAACUCUCAAGGCCUUGGCAACGUGCUGUCCCGGAUUGCAGAGAUCUACAUCUUGUCCCAGCCCUUCAUGGUGAGGAUUAUGGCCACAGAGCCUCCCAUGAUCAAUCUACACCCAGGCAAUUUCACCCUGGACGUCCCUGCCUCCAUCAUGAUGCUCACCCAACCCAAGAACUCCACAGUUGAAACCAUCGUUUCCAUGGACUUCGUUGCUAGUACCAGUGUUGGCCUGGUUAUUUUGGGACAAAGACUGGUCUGCUCCUUGUCUCUGAACAGAUUCCGCCUUGCUUUGCCAGAGUCCAAUCGCAGCAAUAUUGAGAUCUUGAGGUUUGAAAAUAUUCUGUCCUCCAUUCUUCACUUUGGAGUCCUCCCACUGGCCAAUGCAAAAUUGCAGCAAGGAUUUCCUCUGCCCAAUCCACACAAAAUCUCAUUCGUCAAUUCAGAUAUUGAAGUUCUUGAGGGUUUCCUUUUGAUUUCCACUGACCUGAAGUAUGAAACGUCCUCAAAGCAGCAGCCAAGUUUCCAUGGUUGGGAAGGUCUGAACCUGAUAAGUGGACAGUGGAGGGGGAAGUCAGCCCCUUGAUUGCCGGUUUGCAGUUCACCCCAGGAAGUAAAUGGUCCUUAAUCCCACAACUACUGUAAACCCAGAAGGGGAAGACAGUACACACUGGAAUUGCAAAGCCCUUGUGAAUUGCUUAGGCAGAAAGUUUUCUUUCUCAAGCCUUCAGGAACCCAGAAUAAGGCAGACUGUGUUAAAGGGCUAAAUAGAGGUGUCUGAAUGUGAGUGUAUGCAUGCUGCGUGUGCCUGUGUUUAUGUUUGUUUGUUUGUUUGGGGCAAGAAAGAUUCUAGGACAAGAGCUAGGCAUGUACUUCUGACCAGGUGGGUAAGAAACUCUUAAGUCUGUAUUUGUAUUGGUCAUUCUCAGUGGAAAUACCUUAGGCCCUCUAGUGGUUUUCCCCUACCUGCAUAUUGGUUUUCAUGUUUUAUAUUCACUGUUACUGUCUUCUGUGUUUAAUUAAAAUUGUUUUCUAUCAA